GUUGUGCGCUUGCCAUCUGCUGAUGCGUGCUGAUGUGCAAAAUUCUGCUCAUUCGGCUUUUCUAGCCGGUCAUCUUGGCAGGCACCGAAAAAGACAAGAAAAAAACAGACCAAAAAAAAAACAGACGACGAAAUGGCAUCGAUGAUUUUCUUUUGCGGGCUGGGUACCUCAAGGUUUUGGCGAAGAUGGCCGGCGCGGUCUGGUCAUUACGCUGGUUCAAACGACAUUCCUCCCUGUAUAAACAACCUCACCCGACAUACCCUUGUUUUAACCGACAAAAUUCCUUCGAGGCUCUUCCCCCGGCGCGACAUGAGAAGUUAUCGAUACCAGUCUCAUCUUUAUUUUGGAUGUUUCGAUCACAAUAAAUCGACAAAAAUAUUUUCGGUGUUCUGACCUCGCAAGAUGAGGCUGGACCUGCACGAAUGGCGUUCCACACGGACGGUUUUGCAUUUUCACGACAUUGCAUCGGUGUGUCAACACCACGGCGGAGUUCUCGGAUAUAAUUAAUUCUCGGCAUCUUAUUUUUCACGGACAGCGGGACGACUUUUGGUUUUCCAAGAUGAUUCAAAAUUUUAGUUGCUCAUCAUGGUGCUCGACGGGUCACGAAGUCAUAUCGAAAAAGAUUAUCUCGACAUAUAGAAUGAGUGUCUUUCAGCAACUUAUUCGGAGCGGGGGGGCAACAGGUGUUUCUGUUAUGGGCUCACAUGGGAAAUAUCAAACGGGCGGUGGCGGGCAAAGAUAUGCGUUGCUCUUGUUUUGCGACAAAUCUCCAAAGCUUGGAAACGGGGGUCCUGGGAAAUACCUUUUGGGAAAGGUGGAGUUGGUCAUGAUUUUUGGUGCGGUCUGCUGGCGAGCCUCUGCAUUGUUGUUGCCUGUUGGUUUGAGCGAUGCGGACGGAAACGCGCGCACAGUCUUUUGGAAUUCCUUGUGCCUCUUCUCUCAUUUUUCACUAUUCGAAGAUGGACUAUUUCUCAACAUUUCUCGCUCCUGGGAGGGGCUUCUUCAUGGGUCUUGCAUCUCUGGACGCUGGGACGCGAUGGGUGGUGUGGUUCACCUUGCCUGGGCACUGUUCGCGAGCAUCUCAGAAGAGUUGUGUUUCUGGGAAGCGGUAUGAGACGAUAAAUGGCUCUGGUGGUUUCUGGGAUGGAGAACGGGAUACCUUUUGGGGUUGUAUAGGAAACGCUCAAGACGUGAAAGGUGUUCAAGGGGGUUGGGCCACUCAGACCCGAUCUUGUGGCGCGAAGCCAGCAAGGCGCAAUGCAAAAUACGAUAUGUUCAUCUUAACAUCGGUG